AUAACAAUAUAAUAAAUUUAAAAAAAAACAAAUAAAUACACAACUUACUUAUGAGUUUUUUUUUAGAAAAAGGAUUUUUUUUUUUCUUUUUACCAAAUAUUGCUUAAAAUGCUUUAAAGGACGCUUGCGUACUAUAAUGUAAUAAGGGGUAGAAAAACAGCGCACGCAAGUUGUUACCUCCACGAUCAUAAAAGUUCCUCCGUCCUUUUAUAAAACCAGCUGAUUUUGUCACUGAUUAUUUAUCAAGUAAAUGAGCUGUCAUUAAUGUAACUACAUUAAAAAUAUUUGAUCAACUUUUAAAUUGUCAUUCAUUUUAGUGAUCAUAGUUUUUAGUGAUUUAGUGCUUAUGUAUCAGUCUCAACCUUUCUAGAAUAUAGACAAAACAAUACCGCACUGAAGAGCAAUCAAUAUAACUAUAUCGAAGGUAAAAUGCAAGAAUGAAAUAAUAUAUAGAAUGAGACAUGGAGAGACUGACAGAUUCAAUAGAAGAGAGAUGAUGUCAAUAAUGUAUUGAAUUAUAAUGAUUCGAAAAUUAUAAAAAGAAAAUCUGGUGUAGAAAGUGAAAAUGAUGACGACAAAUUGGAGAAUUUGAUAGAAGAAUGAGUAGUUUCUUGAGUUCAUUAAAAAGUCUUGCUGUUGGAGCUGCAAAUGUUGCUAAAUAUCAGAAAGAGAAUUACGAGGAAGAAAAUGAGCCCAAUGCGAAUAUAAUGCAUUUGUGCGAAUUGACAGCACAACCUGGUGAAAGUGGCUAUAUACAAUGGCUCGAUGCAAUGAAAAAAUGUGCAAGAUUACCUGGAGGGAUACCUGCGGAAUUUCGAAAACAACUGUGGUUAACCCUAGCAGAACGUUAUUUGGAGCAACGUGGAGUGGAUUGGCAAAAAGCUGAAAUGAUGUGUUUUAAUGAAAAAACAAGUCAAGAUGACAAGGAUCUAAGCACGCAAAUUGUGAAGGAUCUUCAUAGAACUGGGUGUAGUUUAUUUUGCGGUGCUACUGGCCGGGACAAUCAGGCGGUGUUACGAAAAGUAUUGCUUGGUUUUGCCAGAUGGAAUCCAUCAGUUGGCUAUUGUCAAGGAUUGAAUGUUCUGGCGGCUCUUAUACUUCAAGUGACUGACAGAGCUGAAGGCUUAGCAUUGAAGAUAAUGAUUUAUCUUAUCGACAAAGUCUUGCCUGAAGGUUAUUACGCCGAUAACCUUCGUGGCUUGUCGAUUGAUAUGGCUGUAUUCUGUGAUUUGAUGCGUAUGAAAUUGCCUAAAUUAUCUCACCAUCUUGAGGCACUGCUAAAUGACAACAAAGACAAAACAACCGGCAGUAAUUAUGAGCCUCCUUUGACUAAUGUUUUCACAAUGCAAUGGUUUCUGACUUUAUUUUGUCACUGUUUGCCACAAAAAACAGUUUUUGGUAUUUGGGAUCUCAUUUAUCUUGAAGGCAGUGAUAUACUUCUUAAAACAGCUCUAGCUAUUUGGGAAGAAAUAUCAGAUCGAGUUAUGACCGUUACUUCCGCAGACGAAUUUUACAGUAUCAUGGGUGUUUUAACCCGAGAAAUGCUGGAAUUGACUGAUACGAAUAAUUUAAUAACCACAAUUGUAAACAUGGGGCCUCUUUACGGAAUAACUGAUCUUCGAGAAAAACACCGUUAUAAUAUAACAUCAUGGGCAAGACCAUUGAGUGACAGUGAUGAAACAGAUAUUGAAGAAGACAAUCGACUUGAAAUUAAAACACCAAUAUUUGGAAUUUCACAACGUUCGACAAAAGAUCGAAUAUUGCGACAAAUAAAUCCAAUUCAUGACAAAGAAAAACUUGCUCUAGAUAUAUACACUUUGAAACAGCAAUAUGCAAAAUUACGAGAACGUCAACGACAAGCUCACAUUAUACUUUCUGCUGCAGUUUCAAGGCCAUCAGUCGUAGCAACAUCAACAUCACAAGCAAUGAAUCAUUUGUUGAUUGGAAAAGGUGCACUUGUUAAUGAAAAAUCACGGCAUUUGGGUUCUUUGUCAAGUGCAAUAUCAUCAAAAGUUCACGCCAGAAACGUGUCGUUAAAUUGGAAACAUCAAAAAAACUCAAAAGAAAUAGUGAAUGAUGAAUCACUUACUAGUGAACCUACUAAUGAAAAUGAAACAUCAGUUCAAAUUGAAUCACCAUCAUCGAAAUACCUGCAAACUAUACAUUCAAAAUAUUCGAGGAAUGACAGUGUUGAUAGUGUUGACAGUGACAGUGGUAGUGGAUCAACCGAGCUCUGUGAUGAUCCAGAUAGUUUAAGUGACAGUGAUGAUCGAACUUCAAUGUCCGACUGUUAUUUUCUUUCUAAUGACAUCUCUUCACUGGAAUCAUCACAAACUAACAGUGGAAAACAAAUAUCAGUUGACCAGCCAGCCGUGAGUCAACAUCUGUUUGACGACAAUGAUUUGGUUUCGUCCCUCACCAAAAUAACAAGUCAGAUUGGAAAGCUUUCUAAAGAAAGCUUCGAUGAUAUUAAAAUAAAAAUGUCGAGCGUUGAUGACAAAGACUAUCCCAAUGAAUUUCAAUCUCCAAUUCAAACCAAAAUAUUUAAAAAAUCAAUAAAUCAAAUCUCCUCUUCGUUUAUUGAUGAUAGUGCAGUGAAAAAAUUAAAUGAAAAUAAUUACAUGCUAAAAAGUAAAGAAAAAAUAAAUGGUAUUAAUAAAGAUAAUUUAAAAUUGAAAGAAAAUGAUUUCUCUAUUUCAAAAUAUUCUCCAUCACAAUUUAACACAGUGAAUUUCACGAGUGUAAAUAAUAGCAAUAUGGAUCAUAGUAAAUCAACUAAAUAUGAUAAUCAAAAUACAUUGAUUAAUAAUUCGAAUGAUGAGAAAUUAAGUAAUAAUGAUUUGAAUUCUAAUUAUAGACAGAAACUGCUGAUAAAAGUUGAUUUAUCGGAGACAAAAAAAAAUCAAACACCGGAUAACUUACUUAAGUCAUUAGAGCCAGUAUAUGAGCAUGAUUGGAGAUUUUGCAUAAACAAAGAAAAAGAAACAGUCUCACCAUUGAUGUAUCGACCCCGAUGCUAUAUACCCAUGACUGUCAACACAUUACAAACAGAGUCAUUCAGUAGUAACGAAAUAGAUAAUAUAUUCCAUAUUGAUCAAUCGCCAAACAUUGCCAAGGCUGUGUCACCUUUUUACUCAAUAUUGAAUCCUAGUUUUGAAAUGAUGCCUAAAAAAAUAAAUUCUAGCUCUCCAGACACUCAGUUAACAACGAAUUCCGUGGAAUCAAGGUUUGACAAAGAAAAUGACAGUGAAAAUUUUUCAAAACUAUCAACAGAUUUUAAACUCAGAUCAAAUUUAAUUAGUGAAUUUAUUCAAUUAGAAGAUAACAGUGAAAUACCACCUAAUAGCAUCGGUGAAAUUGAUGAUGAAAAAAAUUAUAAACUGAAAUAUUUCAUGAAUAAUAAAUCAAGUUCAGCUGAUAAACAAUUUGAAAAAAGUGAUUUAUCUGUUUUGAAUGUAGCUAGUGAUAAUUUCAUUGAUAGUUUUGGUAUUUGUCAAAAUGUUAUAGGACCCAAAGACCGUGAUUCAGGUAAAUGUCUAGAAAGAAGUUGGACUAGUUUAGAUAGGCAAUUUGAUAAUCAAAUGUUUUCAAAACAACUAGAAGAAGUAACAACAAUUCAAAAAUGUUCAAGUGAUAUUCUAGAUGAUUGGAGACAUCUUGAAGCAUGUGAAAGUGAUGGUCACAGGAUCAGAAAAAAUGAACAUGAUUGGACUGAUUUAAAGAGUCUGGAAGCACGUCGAAAAGAUACAUUUAGUGAUUCCGCAUCUGGUUUUUCACAGUUAAAAUUAGAUCAUUCACGAAAUGACUUGACGUUUGAAUUGCGAAAAACUUAUAAAAUUCGUCCUAAAAUAUAUAUUGAUGAAAAUAGUGACAGUAUAUUAAAUAAUUAUAGCAAAAGUUUUGGGAACAUGGAAGCUGCUAAUAAUGAAGAACCAAAACUCGGUGUUUGGACAAAAGUUCAACCACGUAGACAAGGUGAAAACCGGAAAAAUAGUGACCGAGCACUGAAAAUAAUCCAAGAAAACUCUGUAAUACUGCACAAAAUUUUGACUGGACAGGCUCGAAAAAGUAUACCAGAUCUGGAAGAUAUAUCUGAAGAAAUAACAAUAAGCCCGAUUAAUGAAGAAAUUUCAAAAAUAUUUAGUCCAUUACUUGAAAAAAUGGGCUUCAAUGAACACGAAAUAAGCAAGGAAUUAUCUCGAAUUGACUUUGAUAAUUUUGAUCAAAUGAAAUUAACUGCUGGCUCGGAAUUUGAUUCAAAAAUAAAUGAUGAGCUCACAAAACGUUCGUUGAUCAAUGAUAAUGGAAUAGUUGAUGUAGUUGAUCUAGAUAAUAUGCUGUCUGAUGAUGUGUCAGCCAUGAGAGAAGCAAGAAUUGAUAAACAAAUAAAUGAUGAAUUGUCAAAGUUAUCACCUAACUAUGACAUUAAUACAACAAAGUUUAAUAUCGAUUUAUUAACAAGUAUAACAUCACCAAAUUUAAACACAAACGAAUUUGAUGUAUCAGAUUUAUCAAGUAUAUCAUCAAAUAUUUUCACCCUUGACACAUCAAAUGGUUUCAAUGAAAUAGUAGAUAAGGAUUAUAAAUUGAUUCAAGAUUCGACAAUAUUAUUAAGAAAAUACAAAUCAAUUCAUACAGACAAACAAUAUAACAAUGUAACAAUUGAAGAAUAUGAUUAUCCAUAUCUUUCGGCUGAAAGCAAUCUAGAUAUACACAACGAAUUAGAAAAAUUAAGUAUAAUGUCAUCAAAAAUAUUGUCAUCUCACCAGCAUUCGGAAUCACAAACAUCUAAUAUGCCCCAUAUUUCGACUAAAAUUUAUUCGCCGCAAACAGAUUUAGAACUUGAUAGUCUUAUGCCUUUUCAAUGUGCCAUUGACAGUCAGCCAUUUAUCAGAUCACCUACAUAUAAAAUUAAUGGCAAAAAGUGUGAGCAUGGGAUGAAUCGACCAAUCUUGUCGAAAGAAACACUUGAGUUUCGAGUUAGAUACGGUUUUGAAGACAAAACGAGUGGUUCGGAAUUAGGUUCUCGGUCAAAUUAUCCAGAUGGAAUAAGGUAUGAUAAUCCGUUCUCAAGCAGUUUUAAAAAAUAUAUUUCUGAUAAUACUGAAAUUAUGGACCAAAAAAUUUCAGAAAUUGAAACAAGAGAUCACCAGUUGUAUAAUUCUAUUCAUCUAGAUGACACAACAUCACCAAAUUGUAAAUUUCCAAAGCAUGAUAGUAUUGAUUUUAUAAAUAGUUCUUUGACUUCUGCAUCAUCAUCAACGUCGCCAAAUGAAACAGAUGAGAGAAUGAAAGUCACAUAUAAAAAUGUCUGUGACCAAUCAGAGUAUUCAAAACCAUUCGAAAAAUCUUCAACUACACCAAGAAAAGUUUUGAGUGAUGAUUUCAGUAACAAUGUAAACUGCACCACUAUGGACAAUUUAAAAAAUAAUUUUAGUCCAUUUCCAAAGAGAAGCACUACGAGAAAGCCAAAUAAAUUAGGACUCAAACUAGGUCUUUACACGCCAUCAAGCCCUAAUGUUAAUGAAUCCAAAAAAGCAUAGUAUUAAGACUUUCUGAUCAUGUAGCUUUAAUGAUGAAUCAAAAGGACUGUUGGAUUUAGUUUUACUCUUACACAAUUCUGUCAUAUUCGGAAUCUCCGUAAUUUGACUACAAGAAGAUUAGAAAUACUACAAUAUAUUUAUAUAAUAUUAUAUUUCUACUUUUUUUGCUUGUCAGACUUCUCCAACUUAUAGCGCCCAGGUAAAAAUAAUAUAUAGGUCUGACAAAUCUUGCUUUCUAUCGUUCAAGACUUUGGUGUUUUUAUAUUUAAAAACUAAAUUUCAAUUAUCAAAAGCUGAAAAUAGUUUUAAAAAAAUUGAAAAUAGGAUUUAAUUGAUUUUGUCACAUAUUUUUAUCAAUAUUUAAAUUUUUUGAGUAAUAAAUAAUAAAUAUUAUUGAUAAAUAUAGGUAUUUUAUUGAUGUAUAAAUGACGAUAUGUGAAUAAUUGAAGAAUAAUUAUACGUAAUGAAAUAAAUUGUGUAAUAGGGUCAAAAAUAAAUAGAAAAAAAAAUCGAGGAGGAAGUCACUUGUAUAAUCUGGUGUACAUCGGGAAAAGAAGCCGCAAUAAUCAAUUUUACCGAAUUAAUCUUACCGAAAUGAUUUUUAAAAAACUGUAUAAUUAUUGCAAUCUUAAGUACUCUUGUAAUCUUCUGUGAUCAACAAUAAUCUUGAAAAAUCUCAUGUAAUCGUCAAUAAUCUUACGUCGUAUAUUUGUAAUCUACGGUGAUUUUAUGUAUGGGGCAUGGAGUUUUAUACCAUGUUAGAGUGGGUAUAAGCCUUAAACCUUAAAUUUAAAAGCCUUAUACCCACUCUAUACCAUGUAGACCUCCAUGGUUC